AAUACCAUGGAACGCUGGCAUAAUAAAGUAGCUGUAGUGACCGGUGCUAGCUCAGGCAUUGGGGCUGGUGUAGUCAAGGAUUUAGUUGGAGCUGGCAUACAAGUUGUGGGUCUGGCCAGACGCAAAGAACGUGUAGAAGAUAUUAGAGCAAAUCUGCCCGAAAAAAGGCAAUCGCUUUUGACAGCCAUCGAAUGUGAUGUGACGAAUUUGGAUUCAGUUAACAAAGCUUUUGAUGAAAUUAUUACCAAAUUUGGAGGAGUUGAUAUAUUAGUUAACAAUGCUGGUACCUCCAAGCUGGGUCAAUUGGUCUCGCAGGAUCCCCAAACAAUUCAAAUGGUUUUGCAGACCAAUGUUAUGGGUGUGGUGUAUUGUACACAACGUGCCUUCAAAUCGAUGAAAGAUCGUAAUAUGAAUGGUCAUGUUAUUAUUAUCAACAGUAUUUGUGGUCACAAGGUGUUGGGCGGACCUGCAGGAAAAUUACCAAUCACAAACAUUUAUUCACCCUCCAAAUAUGCCAUUACAGCCAUAACAGAGAUUUAUAGGCAGGAAUUUAGUGGUUUGGGAACGAAAAUCAAAAUUACAAGUAUUAGUCCUGGCGCUGUGGACACUGAGCUAAUAAGUGAUAAUUUGAAAAAAACAUUGGGCGAACGUAUUCUUAGUCCUCAUGAUAUUGGAAGUGCUAUAUUGUAUACGCUGUCGACACCACCUCAUGUUCAAAUUCACGAAAUGAUUAUCAAACCUGUGGGUGAAAGUUUUUAAAGAAGCAAUGAAAAAAUUUAAUCUUACAGAUUGAAGACGAUUUAAGAAGAGAAAACUAAGCAAUU